AUGACUAAGGGUACACAGGCCUUCGGUAAGAAGCACGUAAAGUCUCACACUCUGUGCAAGAGAUGCGGAAGAUCUUCCUUCCACAUCCAGAAGAAAAGAUGCGCAUCUUGUGGAUUCCCUGACGCUAAGAAGAGAACUUACAACUGGGGAGCCAAGUCUAUUCGUAGACGCACCACUGGAACUGGACGUAUGCGUCACAUGAAGCAAGUCCAGCGAAGAUUCAGAAACGGUUUCCGUGAGGGUACUACUCCCAAGCCAAGAACUGCCGCUGCUAACUGA